AUGAUAAAUAAUAAAUAGUAAAAGUAAUAAUUACCCAUUGUUAUCUAAAAAUAUGAGGACAGUUUAAGAGACAGUAAGUAUAAAUUAAAAUAUAGGAAAGCAAAAGGAAGUUAUAUGUAUGAUCAUUCUUUAUCAGUUGAGAGAGAAAACUAUUAUUAAAGUAAAAAUAAAAUCUCAAUAAGAAGUUCAAGUAACUGUUAAUAAUAGAAAAAUGAAAAAGAAAGAUUUUUAUGUAGCUUAAUUCCAUCUCCAAAGAAUAUUAAGUACUAAAAAUCUAAAUUCACUUUUAAUACUGAAGAAAUUAAUAAACAUAAUUAGAAAUUAAAGACUGAUGUUUAAUUGCUCUAUUAACUUAUAAAUCUUGAAUAAUAAAAACCAAAUAACAUUUAAAUUCCAUAGAAAACUUUAUAAAAAUCUAAAUUAAUCGAUUCAAUCUAAAAAGAUAAGAAUGGAUUUAUUUCUAAUUCAUAAAUCAUUGAAAAUUGUUAAGUUUGUAAAAAAUCUCGUAAUGGUAAAAUAGUGUAAACUGCAUGCGAUCACUUUUAUCAUUAUGAUUGCUUUUAAUAAUAUUUAGAAAUAUGUAUAAAAAAAGGACAUCCAUUAAUCUAUUGUCAUUGUAAAACUAAAAUACCAUAAUAAAUCAUUCUUAAUAAUACCAAUUUAUUAAUUAUCUAAAGAUAUUUUCAUAAUUAGUAUUAGAAAUUAUAAAUUAAGUAUUUUAAAAACUAUAAUUUUUAAAAAUGCAUAAACUCAUUUUGUAAUUUUUUUUGGAUUAAAACAAAUGAAAAUAAUAAAAGAAAGACUUCAAUUUUCUCAUAUUGUCCUAAUUGUUUAAAUAAAAACUUUGAGAUAGGAUUACAAAUGGAAUAAAUUUUUUAUAAAUUUUGA